AUGGAAGACCCAUCGGAAAACCCACCAGAAAAUCCAAACCAGCUUAUUUCUAUGGAACAUAUGCAACAACUGUUUCAAAUGUUCCAAACACUCAACAAAAGCUCAACCAACAUCGAACCAGUGACUUCACAAACAGUGCGAGUCGCGGAAAAAUUGAACUUCACCAACUACACCAAAUGGUGUAAACUGAUGCAGAUAGCAAUUGGUGGUCGGGGAAGACUCAAUCACAUCAUCGUCAAUCCCAUUUCACCAGACGAUCCAGAAUACCAGCAAUGGGCUCAAAAAGAUUCGAUGGUCAUUUCAUGGAUCAUCGAGAAUAUUGACGGAGACCUCGUGAAUCAAUUCUUGGACUACAAAACUGCCCGAGAUUUAUGGAAAGGCAUCGAAACUCUACUCAGUAGCGGCAGAGAUGAACUGCAGAUCUAUGAUCUGAACACAAAGGCAACAUCUAUGAAACAAGGGAUAGACACGAUAGAGGUCUAUUUCAGUAAAUUGAAUACCCUAUGGAAAGAAAUCGAUAGACGAAUGCCGAACCCAAUGAAAUGCGCAGAAGACAUCACACUGUUCAACUCAUUUAUACAACGACAAAGGCUGUACCAGUUUUUGGCCGGUGUAAAUGAUUCACUUGACAAAGAAAAGCGAGACAUCCUAAAUCUAGAUCCCCUUCCAACCAUUGAUGCCGCAUAUGCCACCAUCAGACGAGAAAUUGCUCGUCGUGGCAUAAUGACCGGCAACUCAUCACUGGAACGAGGUCCCUCAGAGAUCGGAAGUGGUCUUGUCACUCAACGCCGGUCAGAUUCUUCAUUUAGCCGGUCAGAUUCAUCAUUCCGGCGAGAGGACAAAACUCACCUCAAAUGCAGCCACUGCGGAGGAACCAAACACACCAAGGAAGGAUGCUUUAAGCUCAUCGGCUACCCAGAAUGGUGGGAAGAUCUGAGACAGCGUAAAGCCGCCACCAAGGUAACAAAGACCGGCGGCAAGGCUAACGCCGCCAUCGGAGAAGGAGAACCGACCAGCGAGGCUUCGUCAACCACUGUCACCAACAGGCGAGCGGGUACCGGCGAGGCUUCGUCGACCAGCGUUACCGACAGGAGAACAGGUAUGAGUGGCAAAGAUGGGUUCACCAAAAUUUCCGGUGAACCAUGGAUGGAGACAGAGGAAGCGACGGGAAGGAGAAGAGAGAAAAUUCUAGAGGAGCCGUCCUCUAGAAAUGAAAGUGAGGGAAAACAAGAGGCCCUAAAAAAAUCUGACCCUUUAGCCCUUGAGCCCAAAAAAUCAGAAGCCCAAUUAUAUAAAAAACCCAAGGAAAAACAAAGUGUGGGUCUCAUGUGCAAUAAGUCCAAUUGGAUUUUUGACUGUGGGGCCACGGACACUAUGUCAUACGAUCCAACCGAUUUUCUCUCCUCCACAUCAACUACCCGUACUAAGAUUCAAACUGCAAAUGGGGAGUUUAUUCCAAUUACUCAAGCCGGAGAUGUGGAUAUUACAUCAGAAAUCCAUUUAAAAAAUUGUCUUUUAAUUCCAAGUCUUACCCACAAACUUUUAUCUGUCAGUCAAUUAACCAAGGAACUAAACUGUACAAUUCUAAUGACUUCCUCUGAUUGUAUUGUACAGGAUGCUCAGACGGGGCGGAUCAUUGGUCGUGGUAUUGAAAGAGGAGGUCUAUACUAUGUGAACGAGGUGACUCAACAGGGUAACGCUUUGCUUGCUCAAGGGUCGCCGGAAUAUCAGAUCUGGAUGUGGCACCGACGGCUAGGUCAUCCGUCUUUAAGUUAUCUUAAACGAUUAUUUCCCUCUUUUAAGGACAUUGAUUUUGUUUUGGACUGUGAAGCAUGUGUACUUGCAAAAAGUCAUAAACAUUCUUAUUCUCCCAGUUCAACUCAUGUUUCUAAGCCAUUUACCCUAAUUCAUUCUGAUGUCUGGGGUCCUGCACCUGAAUUUGCCUUUUAUAAAUAUUCCUAUUUUGUUUUGUUUGUGGAUGAUUGCACCCGUAUGAGUUGGGUUUAUUUUCUAAAAAAUAAAUCUGAAGUAUAUGAUGUGUUUAUAAAUUUCUACAACAUGAUCUGUACCCAAUUUGCUGCCCAACCUCAAAUUCUUCGAUCUGAUAACGGAGGAGAAUACAUAAACUUAGAUAUGAAACAGUUCAUUUCUGAUCAUGGCCUCAUUCACCAGACUACCUGUCCGGACACUCCUCAACAAAACGGGAUAGCUGAACGGAAAAACCGAACCCUUCUUGAGAUUACUAGAGCCAUUAUGUUAGAAUCCCAUGUCCCUGUCCAUUUUUGGCCAGAGGCCAUUGCCACAGCCACAUAUCUAACCAACCGACUACCUACCAAACCUCUUGCAUACCAAACUCCUCUUGACACUCUUUCUUCCCAUGUGUCCAUCCCUUCCUAUCAUUCUCUACCUCCACGGGUGUUCGGAUGUGUUGUCUAUGUUCAUCUCCCAAAAAGAAUCAGAAAUAAACUUGAACCACGAGCCAUCAAAUGUGUUUUUAUUGGGUAUGGGGUUACUCAAAAAGGGUACCGAUGCUAUGAUCCCAUUCAAAACAAAAUCUACACCAGCCUUGACUGCGAGUUUUUUGAACACUCCUAUUACUAUACCCAGCCUGGUCCUCAGGGGGAGACUACGAAUGAUGACCUUAGCUGGUUAAUAUAUCCAGAAAUGAUGGACCUUGAUCCUCCAACGCAAGUAAGCAAUACCACCGACGUCAACUCUGAAACAUCUGUAUCAGCUCCCUCUCCUCAAACCACUCCAAUGACAACCACUGAGCACCCUGAGUCAACAUCAGUUGAGGUAAAUUCUGAAUUGUGUACUGUUCCUACUGACUCUGUGUCUAGUGAUAAUUGUCAAAACAGAUAUGAGCUUCCUCACAGAAGCACGAGAGGUGUUCCUCCCAAAAGGUAUGACCCGGAAUAUGAAGAUCAACGGUCCAGAUACCCCAUAGAAAGAAUCAGCAAUGAAAACUUGUCCAACACAGCUGUUGCCUUCACUACCUCCCUGUACUCAACAAACAUUCCCAGAACCGUGGAAGAAGCUUUUGAAGAUGAGAAGUGGAGACAAGCCAUGGAAAAUGAAUAUGUUGCCUUGGAAAAGAAUCACACAUGGGAAAAAUGUAUUCUACCCAAAGGGAAGAAGAAGGUAGGGUGUAGAUGGGUAUUCUCCAUUAAGCACCGGGCAGAUGGAACCAUUGAAAGGUACAAGGCAAGAUUGGUGGCCAAGGGUUACACUCAGACCUUUGGGAUCGACUAUUCAGAGACUUUUUCCCCAGUAGCCAAGAUAGACACAAUACGGGUAUUGUUCUCUGUAGCAGCAAACAAAGAUUGGCCCUUGUAUCAGUUCGAUGUUAAAAAUGCCUUCCUCCAUGGAAGCAUUGAAGAAGAAGUCUAUAUGGAACCCCCUCCAGGAUAUUCUCAUGACUUUAAAGAUGGAGAAGGAUGUAAAUUGAAGAAAGCCCUGUAUGGCUUAAAGCAGUCUCCAAGAGCUUGGUUUGGAAGGUUCACUAAGGCUAUGAAGAAAUUUGGGUACAGACAGAGUAAUUCUGAUCAUACUUUAUUCAUAAAAGGGGCAAAUCAGAAAAUCACCUGUCUAAUUAUAUAUGUAGAUGAUAUGAUCAUCACCGGAAAUGAUGAAGAAGAAAUUGUUACCUUAAAGGGGAAGUUGUUUCAGGAAUUUGAGAUGAAAGAUCUAGGAAACUUAAAGUACUUUCUUGGUAUAGAAGUCUUAAGAUCCACGCAAGGGAUCUUUAUUCACCAACGAAAGUAUAUUCUUGAUCUUUUAACUGAAACAGGAAUGUUAGGGAGUAAACCGGCUGACACUCCAAUUAUAGCAAAUCAUGGUCUUCAGGUCAUAGAAGGGGCAAAGGCAACUGACAAAGAACAAUAUCAGAAGAUUGUUGGGAAACUCAUUUAUCUAGCCCACACAAGACCAGAUAUUGCAUAUGCAGUGGGGAUAGUGAGUAGAUUCAUGCAUCUACCCCAAAUACAUCACAUGACAGCAGUAAUGAGGAUUCUGAGAUAUCUAAAGGGUACAAGCAGCACCGGGAUCUACUUCGGGAAAAAUGAUAGCCUCGAUAUAACUGCCUACACCGAUGCAGAUUGGGCCGGAGACCGAGAUGAAAGGAAAUCCACUUCUGGAUACUUCACCUUGGUAGGAGGGAAUCUGGUCACUUGGAGAAGCAAGAAGCAAAAGGUUGUAGCCCUGUCAAGUGCGGAAGCUGAAUUCAGAGGAAUUGUGAAAGGAAUAACUGAAAUCCUAUGGAUUAGGAAACUGCUAAAUGAACUCGGUUUUCCUCAGAAAACAGCCUGCAAGUUAUUUUGCGACAACAAAGCAGCAAUAAGUAUUUCUGGAAAUCCUGUCCAACAUGACAGAACAAAACAUGUUGAGGUUGAUCGACACUUCAUCAAAGACAAGUUAGAAGACAAGGUUAUCAAACUUCCAUUUGUUCGAUCAAAAGAUCAACUGGCAGACAUCCUAACCAAGGCUGUUAGUACUGAAGCUUUCAGCAAUGUCUUGCGCAAGUUGAGCAUUGGAAAUCCGAGUGCACAACUUGAGGGGGAGUGUUCCUAUACGUCUGAAGCAGAACACGCUGGGGUCGUUUGGUGUAUUGUAUACGUUUUGGCAAUGAAUACAAGGAGAAACAAUGGUUGUAGGACCGGAGAGGAAAAUUUGAAUGAGGCGGUUCCCCCUGAAGCUCCUCAAAAUCCUCAAGUUCUUAUUGAAGAAGGGGCUAUGUCUAAUGUUGAGAUAAGGUCGGCCAUUCAUAGCUUGACUCAUGUGUUGGCUACCGAAGUUGCGAGGGAUACAAGGGUGCAGGUGAACCCAAAUUCUAAUACCACCACUUCAAGGAUUAGGUAUUUCAAAAGGAUGAAUACCCCUACUUUCUAUGGUUCUAAGGUGGAGGAGGAUCCACAAAGGUUCAUUGAUGAAGUGUUCAAGGUUCUCGAUGCUAUGGGUGUUUCCUCUCAAGAAAAACUGAAUACUAGGAGAGCUAAUGGUCAAAGGAGGGGAGGAGCAGCUGUUGGGGCUACUCAGAAUCCACCGCAGGCUCUAGCUGAAGGAGUAGCUAUACCCGUUAACCCCGCUGGGUUGAGUGAUGCUGACGUUGAUGGUGCAUGUUCAGCAGGUGGAGGACAGCGCAGAAAGAGUGGUAUUCGUGAUGCUAGGAGGCCUAGGCCUCAAGAUCUAGCAGGUCCUAACCAUGGAGGCCACAGAAAUAACUUUGGCAUCCGUGAGCAGCCAAGGUUCAAGAAGGGACAACAGAGUUCUUGGAAAUUUAUUCAUCAAAGAAGCACUACACCUAGAGGAGGCAGACUUGAGCCCAAGAAGGGAAAUGGAGGUAAGGCUUAUGUUAUGGCUGAUGCUUUGAGCAGGAUGAGCAUGGGGAGUACAACUCAAGUUGAGGACGAGAAGAAGGAGUUGGCAAAAGAGGCACACAGACUGUUUACACAAAAGGAUUUGAAUCUCCAACAAAGAAUAUGGUUAGAAUUAUUGAAGGAUUACAAGAUUAUUGUCGUUUACCACCCUUGCAAGACCAAUGUGGUUGCAGAUGCUUUGAGUCGUAUGCUUAUGGGUUGUGUCUCUCAUGUUAAAGAAGAUAAGAAAGAACUUGUGAAAGAUGUUCGUAGGUUUCCUCGAUUAGGUGUGUGCUAUCAUUCGAGCAUAUCCAUGGCACAUUAUAAAGCUCUUUAUGGUAGAAGGUGUAGAUCUCCGGUUGGCUGGUUUGAGGUUCGUGAGUCCUCAGUCCUUGCUCUAGGGAUUAUCUAUGAGGCUAUAGAGAAAGUUCGACUAAUAAAGGAUAGAUUGAAGACAUCCUAUAGUAGGCAAAAGUCUUAUUCCGACAAUAGAAGAAGAGAUCAGGAGUUUGAAAUAGUUGAUCAUGUCUACUUGAAGAUUUCACCUAUGAAAGGGUUGAUGAUAUUCAAUAAGAAGGGAAAGUUGAGUACUCGGUAUGUUGGUCCUUAUGAGAUUUUACAACGAAUCUGGAAGGUUGCCUAUGAGUUGAAACUACCUAGUGAACUCUCUUCGGUUCAUGCAGUGUUUCAUGUUUUUAUGCUCAAGAAAUGCAUAGGCGACCCAGUAUCCAUUCAGCCUAUUGAAGGUUUAAGAGUGGAUGAGAAACUCUCCUAUGAUGAGGUUUCGAUUGAGAUCCUAGAUCGCCAAGUAAAGAAGUUAAGAAACAAAGAGGUUGCCUCUGUAAAGGUGUGGAAAGAAGCACUUGGGAAAUGCCUAGUCGGUACCGGUGGUUUCUUUGGUUGUGGUAAGGAUGGUCGUAAGGUGAGUGAUUGUCCUAUUAUUGCAGCUAGAGGAAGAGACGCCAAGCAAGUUCCUCCAUGUGUUCCGGAUGAUGGUGUGCCAAAGAGGAAUCACUUCUAUGUUCUCCAUGCUAAGGGAGCCAGUUCGGUGAUGAUGCCGAUAAGCUUGAGAGUUAGAAUGUGA